CUCUACCCGACAUGUUGGAGCCACAAACUAAAAAAGAAUCUCAAAGUAAUAAUAGUUCAGAACAAAACGGAGAAGAUAUGGUUCAAAUGUUUUCUGUUUUCCAAAUACGUAUGGAAAAGAAAGUAAGGGAUAGACAAGAAAAGCUUGAAAAUGAUUGCAAUAAAACAAUGCAACAAAUGAGAAAGUUGACUCAAGAACUUGUUUCAAAACAAAAACAAGAAAUAGAAAUGAAAGUUAACAAAUAUAAGAAUCAAUAUCAAGAAUAUAAGGAAGAAAAAAACUCAAUUUUAGAAAGAUUGAAAUCGGAAAAUUUAAAAUUAUUGCAAAAUUAUAAAUCAAUCGUUAAUGAAUUAGCAAGAGUUGAAAUGUCUCAAAUGAAAGAAUUCCAAAUAUUUGAGAAAAAAUAUAAUUCAUUUAUUGAAGAGAUUGAAGCAAUUCAAAAUGAAUAA